GAAGCGGCGGCGAUGGCCUUCAGGUCCGGAGGCAGGUUGGGCGCGCGGGCCGUCAGGCUGGGCCUCCCCUUUCGGGGCCCGGAGCAGCUUUGCAGGCCGGAGGAGCAGGCCGAGGGCGGUUGGGCGCAUGCGCGAUACCCCGGCCCGCCUGCAGGUGGCGCUGCGCAGGGCGGGAGCGGCGGCGGCGGCGGCGUGGGGGUCCCUCGGGUGCUCCCCCUGCGGCCCGGCGGUUGGCAGGGCCCUACCGGAAGCUCUGGGUCCGCCCACGGCCGGAAGGCGGAAGCGGCGGAGGCCGGGUCUCCCGGGCAACAGCGUCAAGGCGGCGAGGGUGGCUCCGGCCCGAGGGGGCCCAUGGGGAAGCGGAGGGGCGGCCUGCCGGACAGGUGGACUGAUUACCUGCCUCUUGGAAAAAGAAUGUCCGGGACCCGCUUUAUUGCCUUUAAAGUUCCCCUGAAGGAGAGUUUUGAAUGGAGGCUUACCCCAGAUGAGCGUUUUUCUCCCUUAGACCUCAUCACUCAAAUCAAAGAGCAAAAAGAAGAGCUUGGUUUGAUCAUUGAUUUAACAUAUACAACACGCUAUUAUGAGCCAAUGGAGCUACCAGAUACACUGCAAUAUUGUAAGAUUUUAACAAUUGGACAUGAAGUACCUAAUCACGCUAUAGUUUCUAAAUUCAACAGUGCUGUGAAAAAAUUCCUCAAAGAGAACCAGCAUAAUGACAAACUUAUAGGAGUCCACUGCACACAUGGUUUGAAUCGAACAGGUUACCUUGUUUGCAGAUACCUUAUUGAUGUUGAAGGAAUGGAUCCAAACAGGGCAAUAGAAUUAUUCAACAGAUGUAGGGGACAUCCUAUAGAGAGGAAGAACUAUAUUUCUGCUCUCCGGAAAACGUCUGGAACAAGGAACCAUCAUCAUAUGGAUGGUUCACAACGGGACUGGAUGAAAGGGCCGGUGAGUUAUGCCCAAAGUCCUGAUUAUGAAGAUGCGGACUAUGGACCACAGAACUGGAAACACGCACCAAGGAAUUUUCCACUUGGGAAAGGUGGACGAAGCCAAAAAAGGAAGCAUUCCCAAAUCUGGAACCAGAAUCUCAUCACCCGUUACAGCGAAGGGAACCAAGCGUGCAGUCCACAACGUCGCCCUUCAGCCGACAUGAGGCACCAGAGAUCAGGUCACAAUGUCAGGCCCAGCAGUAGGCUGUUCUUCUCCCAGGAACAGUUUCAAGGAUAUCAAAGACCCUCUUUUCAAGAACUAAAUCCUCAUGGCUCGCUGCAACAACAUAGAAAUCAAAUAGACAAGCAAUACUAUUGGAUCCCUUAAUCAUGAAAAAAGUAUUUGGCAAGAAAAGAUAACCUGUGGAAUUGAUGCUUACAGUAAAUUACACCGUUGCUGUUUAAGAAUGCUUUCUAGUUGCAUCCAAUUCUACAGUUGCCGCCUCAUCAUUUAGUUGCCUUUUUGGAAGAAGAAAGGAAGGGAACUGGACACCUGAUAAACACAUUUCCAACAGAAGGAUUCUGUUAAGGAAAGGGAAUUCAAUGAAUUCACCCAAAAUGUUUUCUUCUUGGAUGACUUGAGGAGAACAGACUUUUUUUAAAAAAAGAUACUUCUGCAAAUCAUCCUUAUAUAUUGCUCUUUAGAUAUUAAAUAAAAUGAAUUGUUCCA